GUAACCUGGAACUAAGGAAGAAUUUCCUAACAGGGAGGACAAUUAACCGGUGGAACUGCUUGCCACCAGAAGUUGUGGGUUGUUCCAACACUGGAGGUCUUUAAGAAGAGACCAGACAGCCAUUUGUCUGGAAUGGGAUACAGCAGUGAUGGCUAACCUUUUUGCCAUCGCGUGCCAGGAAGGGGGUGGGGUGGGGGAGGUUCGUGCACACUCGUGCCCACACCCAUAAUUCUAUGCACCCUGCCCCAUGCAUGCUCACCCUCCCUCACCCCCUGCUCCUGGCACGUGAUGGCCUCCCUAGGAGUCUCUGGAGGCUGGGGACAGCAAAAAACGUCACUCUCUGUCCAACUGGAAGUUGGGAAACAGGCCGUUUUGGGCCUCCGAGGGGGUGAGGAAAGCUGUUUUCACCCUCCCCAGACGCAUAGGGAGGAUCUGGAGCCAGGUGAGAAAGAAAAACGGGCUUUCCCCACCCCUCCACCCCCAGGCCCUCCGGAGGCAGGAAACAGCCUGUUUCCCUAUGCGCGCGCCAGAGUUGCGCUGGCAUGCCCACUGAUAUGGCUACGCCUGCCACCUGUGGCACGCAUGCCAUAGGUUCGCCAUUAUGGGGAUAGGGUCUCCUGCUUGAACAGGGGCUUGGACUAGAUGACCUCCAAGGUCCCUUCCAGUUUUGUGAUUCUGUGAUUCUGUAAGGGUCUCCUGCCUGAGCAUGGGAUUGGACUAGAUGACCUCUGAGGUCCCUUCCAGCUCUAUUCUGAUUGAUUGAUUGAGGGGGGGAAGGGAGGGGCGUCUAGGAAACAGCAGAGGCAACUUGGGACAGCGACAGAUAGUCCUCUACUUACGUCCACAAUUGAGCCCCAAAUGUCUGUUGCUAAGCGAGACAUCUGUGAAAUACGUGUUGCCCAUUUUACAACCUUUCUUGCCACUGUUGCUAAGUGAAUCUCUGCUAUUGUUAAGUGAGUCGCCCAAUUGUUUAGUGAAUCUGGCUUCCCCUUUGACUUUGCUUGACACUGCGACCGUCAUAAACACGAGUCCGUUGCCAAGUGUCUGAAUUUCUAUCAUGUGACAUUGGGGAGGCUGCGAUGGUCUUAUGUAUGAAAAACGGUCAUAAGUCAGUUUAUCACUUCGAGCGGUCACUAAAUGAACUGUCAUAAGUUGAGGACUGCCAGUGCCUGUAAUGUGAGCAUUUGGAACCUCCCCAGUUGAAUGCAGAGCUACACGUAUUUGAUUCUCUCUAACAUCCUGCCCUGCACAACAUCCCUUCUAGCACUGAUGAUGUUACCUAGUUGGGUCGUGAAACGUCGGUAGGUAGGGAAGUGAUGGGUCACUGGAGGUCAGAGGGGAGAUUCAUCCUCCUUCACUUAUGACAUCUGCUCCUGCCCCAGACAGGACCCGCUGAUGUGACCCUCUUGGUCAGAGAAGAGAAGCAGGACCCCUGGCCGCUGCGAGAAGAUGGAGACCCAUUGGGUAAGGCCCAGCCCAAGCAAUGCAGGUGAGCGACUGCCAGGGGCCAAAGUGGCAGUGAAGGAGGAGCCGGGGGAGGAGUUGUGCAUCGGGUGUCCACUGGACCCAGCCGAGCCAGGGAGGCUGUCACCAUCAAGCCCCACAGCAGUCCAAGCCCCUGUUCAAGCAGAAGACCAUAUACCGUUGCUGACCAAUGACUGUCCAGCCUCUCCUGAAAAACUUGUGCCACGGGAAGCGGGGUUUUCACAAACCACCCCAGACGGGACCCUGAUGCCUGCUCCAGGGAUCAAGAAGGAGCUGGAAGAACCGUUGUACCGCGUCGGUCUCUGGGAGGACAGCGAUGGGGGGGCCAGCACCGAUUCCAUGGACACCAAGCCCGACGUUAUUGUGAAGAUGGAACUGGAGGAGGAGGAAGAGGACGACAAUGACGAGGUGGGCAAGGAGGACUUUGGCUGCUCCCCGCCUCCUAGGCCUGCCCACCUGGCCGGAUGCGUGGACCCAAGUAGCAAUGUGUCGCAUGGAAAGAUGGGUCAGGAGCCAUGCAGAAAGAGCGCGGACGGAACUCCUUCUCGGGGUUCAUCGAAGAGGAAACACAGCACAUCUCGGUGGGCGCAGUCGAGAUCUCCUGGGAUUCGGAGUGCGGCUCCAGCACCCAUGCCUGCAUCUGGAGGAUCUUUCAGAGCUGCCGAAACAGUGACAGUGGUUGUCUCUGGGGCGGCUGAAGCCCACCGGCGCCCCAAGAGUUCUGCCAAUGAGCGGCCUUUUGCCUGCAGUGUCUGCGGGAAGCGGUUCCAGCACCGGGGCAACCUGGUGACCCACCUGCGGGUCCACACAGGAGAGAAACCCUUCCCUUGCGCCGAGUGCGGGAAGAGCUUCAGCCAGAAGGGGGACCUGAUGCGCCACCUGCGUGUCCACACAGGGGAGAAGCCCUUCGAGUGCCCCGUCUGCGGCAAGAGCUUCUGCUCCAAGCAGACCUUCGUCCUGCACCAGCGCAUCCACACGGGUGAGAAACCCUUCUCCUGCCCUGAAUGUGGGAAACGCUUCAACCGCAAAGCCAACUUCGUCACCCACCAGAAGAUCCACCGAGGCGAGCGGCCCUUUGUCUGCGGCGAGUGCGGCAAGGGCUUCUGUGCUCGGAAGACCUUUAUCCUCCACCAGAAGAUCCACGUGGGCGAUCGGCCCUUCGUCUGCCUUGACUGCGGGAAGAGCUUCAGCCGUAAUGGGGAUCUCACCCGGCACCAGCGCAUCCACACUGGUGAGCGGCCCUUCACCUGCGCUGACUGCGGGAAGAGCUUCAGCCACAAUGGGGAACUGAUCAAGCACCAACGCAUCCAUACCGGCGAGAAGCCCUUCUCCUGCGCUGAGUGCGGGAAGAGCUUCAACCGCAAGGGCACCCUCGUCACCCACCAGCGCAUCCACACUGGUGAGCGUCCUUUUGUCUGCGGCGAGUGCGGCAAGACCUUCAACCUGAAGACCACCCUGAUGAAGCACCGGCGCAUCCACACCGGCGAGCGGCCAUUCACCUGCCUAGAGUGCGGGAAGAGCUUCAAGUACAAGGGGAACCUACGGACUCACCACUUGACGCACACGGUGGAGCGCGUGUACCCUUGCACCGAGUGUGGCCUGGUGUUCGGUCAGCGGAAGGAGCUGAAGGGGCACCAAGCAGCCCACGUGGGGGACUGCUUGCUGCCCUGCUACCGGGACGACGGGGAAAACGUGAACCCCUUCCUCCAGGUGCACCCUCUCCUCCUCUCCUGCUCCCCGCUUCCUGUGCCCCUGGAGACCCUGACCAACUUCAAGCAGGAAGCUGGCAGCAAAAGCCUUGGAUUUGAGGAUGCCAAUGCUUAGACUUGGGGUUGAGAGGGGGGAAGGCACUCUUUAAUUGAUAUCCGGGACACUGUUUUUGGGGUGAACAAUGUAGCAACCCGCUGUGCUCGGCCGCAGGAGAGAGGCUGGCAGAGAAGGAUGCUGCCUUGGGGUGGCGGUGGUGGUACUUUUGGCCCUAGUAUGGCAGCCUCAGCCACGAAGGAAGCUGACCAUACGGAAGCAGUUAUGAUUCAGGGUAGGCAGUUGCCAAAUCCUUAGUUUAGCAAACUGCGCAGUUACUAGGGGAUAGUCAGUUGGCCAUUAGGCGGUGCUUCCCAGCUCGUAGAAGGAGGAGGAAGGCUUGAGUCCCCGAAAGUAACAGGGGAUCGGUAGAAGCAACAUGAAAUGAAGGAUCGUAAGGUAUGGAGUGGCUUUUCUGAAACGGAGGCCAGGGGGCAACUGCUGAGGUAGCCAAAACCAAUAAAGCAACAUGAUUCAAGAGCAAA